CACUAGCCUCCGUUGAAACUCCGUCUCCUCCUUCGCCACAUCAUCCGCCCUUGACCUCGACCUCAGCCUCCAAGUCCCCACUGGCAUUGAAUAUGGACUGCGGGGUAGUGGUAGAUGGUGAUUCCGGUGGUGCUCGAGAGUGAGAACGCUGAAAGCUUCCCCUACCGCGAAUGCUACCGCGGAAGGAAGUGCUCCUUGCUGAAGACAUUGAAAGGAGAAGGGGUUAUGAGACCUGAUGUCGCUUUUACUCUGAGUGUCACGAGUAGAUACCAGUCCAACCCUGGCGAAAGCCAUUGGACGGCUGUGAAGAACAUCCUUAAGUACUUCCGUUGGACUAAGGAUGCCUUCCUGGUAUAUGGCGGAAAAGAAGAGCUCUUCCAAACUGAUAGAGACGACUUCAAGUCGCAGGCAGGGUAUGUGUUUUGUUUGAAUGGUGGAGCUGUUACCUGGAAGAGUUACAAGCAAGAUACUACCGCUGAUUCCACUACGGAAGCAGAGUACAUGGCUGCAGCCGAGGCAGCCAAGGAAGGUGUGUGGCUCAAGAAUUUUAUUACUGAGCUUGGAGUGGUUUCUAGCAUCAAGAACCCUAUACCAUUGUUUUGCGACAACAAUGGGGCAAUUGCACAAGCGAAAGAACCUCGGUCUCACCAGAAGACCAAACACAUCGUUAGACGUUAUCACAUCAUACGAGAAAUCGUUGCAUGUGGGGACGUUGAGAUUUGCAAUAUAGGUAUAGACGAAAAUAUCGCGGAUCCGUUGACAAAGGAUUUGGGAAAGCCUAAACACGAGAGUCAUACGUGGUCCAUGGGCAUUCAAAAAUGUUUGAUUGGGCUUAGGGCAAGUGGGAGAUUGUUGUAUUUAGGUGCCCUGGCGGCAAUCAAAUACCUAUGUAACUGUACACUUUAUCAUGAAUGAAAGGCCUUGAAACUUGAAGUUAUUACAUUCUCUGAUAUGUGGGGCCGUAUGCUUUGAUUCAUAAAUACUGGUAGACAUA